GUCAACCCACCGGAAACCGGAACUGUUGUGAUGAUCGCGUCUGAUCCUCAUAAUUCAGUUUAGAUUGAGUUCAUUUUCACAAUAUUCGCUUUGUGACUUACAUAAUUAGUGUUUAUUUCAAGGAGGUGUUUUUUUAGAAUGUAUAAUUUCUGAAACAAAAACGCCGAACUGACUUCAUUAUUGCGGUGGUGAGAUGUGUUUACAUGUUCAUGUGCAUUAAUAUUCAAUAACCGACUGCUGGUUUCGUGUUUACAGCUCUACAUACUGUUAUUAACGAUGUCGGGGAGUUUUUACUUCGUUAUGGUGGGUCAUCAUGAUAACCCCGUGUUUGAGAUGGAGUUUACCGAAGCAAAGGAUGACCACAGACACCUGAACCAGUUCAUCGCUCAUGCUGCUCUGGAUCUGGUGGAUGAGAACAUGUGGCAGUCCAGCAACAUGUACCUGAAGACUGUGGACAAAUUCAACGAGUGGUUUGUGUCUGCCUUCGUCACAGCUGCUCAUAUGAGAUUUAUUAUGCUCCAUGAUGUUCGGCAGGAGGACGGAAUCAAGAACUUCUUUAAUGAUGUUUAUGAUCUGUACAUCAAGUUUGCAAUGAAUCCCUUCUACGAAGCCAACGCACCGAUUCGCUCCACAGCUUUCGAGAGGAAAGUGCAGUUUCUUGGGAAGAAGCAUCUGCUCAGUUGAUUCAUUUUAUACCUGUACUAUUUUGUUUUUGCAGUCUUGUUGUCAUGCAUAAAUAUACAGGUGUGUUGUUUAUACCGUCAGAUACAUAUUUCACGUUUCAGUUGUUCAUACUCAUUAUCGCCAGCUUACAUUCACAUUCUCACCUGCUACUGUACGACAAAUGGUGUGUGAAUACAGAUUAUUCUUAAAGACGUGUUUAAAGCAUCAAACAGGAAUGCAAAAUACAUUUCUGCAGAAAUGACACACUAAACUGCAACAUCUAUAACAUCUGGUCAACUGCAUGAUGAUUUUGUACAUUACUGUUGUCUAAUAAUAACCUUAAAUCAAAUAAACAAUUUCAUCAAGUAUUGUUCAUUACUUCUUUAAUUUCAAUUCAACAAUCUACGAUAUUGAGAUUUUAGUGCUUCUUUUCAGAGUGCGUGCUUAAACACUUCACCUCAUUCAUAUUUUUAGUACAAGUACUGUGUAUAUAUUUGGCACUCUACAUAAUUGUUAAUAUAUAUUAGAAAUGAUCACACACUGUAUGAACGCCUGCCCUGCAUAAGUUAAUCAUAGUUAUAGGAAAAGAAAAUCACAUAAAAUGCACACUGCGAGAAAAAUCAGCAUUUUUGUCUUGUUUUCCAGUAAAAAUAUCUAAACAUCCUUGAAACAAGAUGCAUUUACUUAAGAAUCAAACAGCAUGUGA